GAGCUCUCCCUGAGAUUGGGAAAUGGAAACUAAAACACUCACACGCGCACACAGAGUCACAUACUUUCUUUUAGAGGAAACAGUGAGUGCUUGUGACUUUCACUUUCCGCAAAAGAGGUUUGCCUUCGCUCUGCUGCUGCUCCUCUUUGCCAAAGAUCGUCUGUUUUGCCUACAGGAAUGAGCAGGUUUGCCCAGGACACAUCCCAUUGCAGAAUCUGGCCACACCCCUUUCCUGCCCAGCGGUGGGCAGAGGUUUGAGGGGAAGUUCAGCCUUUAAAAGCCUCCCUCUACUUUUUGGGAGCAGUCAGCCACCGCCCUCACAUACACGCACACCCCCUUGGACACCUUCAGCCUGAGCUGCAUCACUAAGUUCCAGCCACAGUAAGUAGUCGUGAAAGGACUAUUUUUCUUUAUGAGGAUGGCCAGCUCCAAGUCUUCACAGACAACGCGCAACAUCAUCAUUGCCUGCCUGGCUCUGUGGUCCAUCAUCUCACUCAUUACCAUUGUGGUGUGGGCAACCUCGCCAGACAUGAAGGGGGCCAGCCAGUGCAGAGCCGAACUGCAGGCCCUGCAGAACACUUUUGACACGGAAAAGGCGGUGCAGGCUAAAAACAAGCUGGCGCUGGAGGAGAUGGUGAGGCAUGGCUGGGCCAACCAGACUAAGUUGCUGUCCCGCAUUGACCAGCUGAACGACCAGCUGAAGCAACUUAACCUGUCCCUGGAGGCGUGCCAGCAGGAGAACGCCGCUCUGAAUGCAAACAUCACUUCACUGGAGAACGAUAUUGAGUUUCACAAGGCUAUCGAGGCAAACCUAACAGCACAAAUCUCCCAGCAACAAGAUCUGAUUGAAAACCUACAGCUUAACCUGACCCAGGUGGUCAGUAAACUGGAGUCCUGUUCUGCACAGACCAAAGCUGCUCAGCUUCUCCAGUUAUCAGCUGAGAAACAACAGCAGGCCUGCCAGACCAGAAAUCAGCACUUAGAAAAACAAGUGACAAAGUGCAAACAACAGUCCAAGACGGAAUCUACCCAUGAAUCUCAGACCGUUAAUGAUGGACCCCCUGGACCAACAAGUGGUACUGCCAUGGUCGUGAUUGUUUGCAUCAGUCUGCUUUUGAUACCUUAGCGGAGCUGAAGAGAUAACAAGGUGAUUGGGUACAUAUUUCAGUACAACACUGUUUCAAGACACCAGUACAAGGUGCACGUAUAACCUGGACUUGAAGCACUCUUUUACUUUCGUAUGGAAAAGCACUGCUGUAAAAUAGAUGGAAAUGUUCUGUUACUAAAUAAGGAUCCCUAUAUGUAUUUCUAUUUGAAAACAAAACAGUGAAAUAUAAUUAGACCAGCUGUCUUUUACCAUUCUAAUUCGAACCCAGUCUUUGUUUUGUUUUGGUCUAAGCUUAGAAGAAACAAUGGUUUGCUUGUUGGCCUGCAGUUUAGGCUAUUUAUUCAUGCUGGAGAUACUGUAAAGGUAACAUUAAUUUCAAUAACUCUUGAGAUUUAGGACCACAUCUUCAGGUUCUAUAUGUCUGCCAAAACACAGACCAUUCCAUUCCAAAGAACUAGCCUCAUUCACAGAUCACCAGUGUAUACCAUGACCUGUUGAGCUUUUAUUUGCGCUGAUAUGGUAGGGUUUGUGAGUUGGGUGGAGUAAAUGUUUCUUGUUGACCAGGGCAUUAGGCCUAAAUGGAAGAGUUCCCAUUACCUUAAAACAAACCAGUGCAGUGAGUUAGUCAUAAGUGGUGCCUAGUGACGAGUCUCUUUAUCAGGCUGUAUGACCUUCAUCUGACAUGACUAGAUCAAUUGCUUCUCUGGCAAACCCUAAAGCUAUCUAUUUGUAAGAGGUAUCCUGAACUUAGGAUGCACUCUUCUAAAAUAUUGAGAGUGCUUAAGGGCAUGAGUUGGCCUGCAGCAGAUUUAUGACCUACUGGGAUGAUUAUGAAGGUCUGUUCAUUUACACCUCAAGCAGUAGCAUCAAUAGAGGUAAGAGAGCUACUCCAGUGCUUAUUUCUUAUUCAGAAAUGAAGAAACAAGAACGAUGUACAACAGCAUCUGACCAGAGAGGUUUUAGGACAUGGGUGUCAGACUGGGUUUCUUCAAAGCCAAAACUCUGAAGGGAUAUGGUAAUGAGUCAAAUCAGGUCUUUUUUUUUUUUUUAAUAAUUUUUACCCGAUUUUUCUCCCCAAUUUAAUCACCUCCAAUUCCACCCACUAGUUAAGACUCCCCCAAUCACACAAUGCUACCAACACGAGGAGGUUGAAGGCUUCACAGGCUUCCUGUGAAACCAGCCACCGCUUCUUUUCUUUUCGCCGCUCACGCAACGUCAGCCAAAUGCGCUCGGAGGAAAGCACCAACCGCCAAAUCUGUUACGUCAGCUAACAGACGCCUGCACUGACUAGCAU